UUGCAAAUGGGGCAGACCAGUCUUGUGAAAGUGUUUGUGUUAAACCAUAUCCACUUGGAUGGUUAGAAGCUCAUCUCUCCAAUGGCCAGCAGUCUCUUAGGAGGACCAUCCCCUCCCCCUUUACUCUCCUCUCCUCUCAAAACCAAAACCAGACCGCCUUCAGCAGCAGCAGCCUCAAUAUCAUCAUUCUGUCCGCCAAUCCAACUUCAACACCCAAAACUCUGCUGCUCCUUAUCCCUCUCUAACACUCUUUGCUUGCGCUCAAGAAAAUUUCUCGCCGUUUUAGCAGUUGUAGAUAAGGAAACCGUGAUUACGGAGGAGAUUAACCAUGUAAGGGAGGAGAUUGAUGACUUUGAAUUGAAGAAGAAGCAAGCAAAACCAUGCGAACUAUACGUUUGUAAUCUUCCAAGGAGCUCUGACAUUGCAGACCUUGUUGAGAUGUUCAAGCCUUUUGGCUCUGUUCUCUCUGUUGAGGUUUCUCGUAACCCUGAGACGGGUGUAAGCCGAGGAUGUGGUUACAUCACAAUGGGUUCUGUAGAGUCAGCAAGGAAUGCAGUUUCUGCAUUGGAUGGAUCAGAUGUCGGUGGCAGGGAAAUGCGGGUAAGAUAUUCAGUUGAAAUAAGUUCUGGGAGGAGGAACCCCGAGGCACUGAACUCAGCGCCCACAAAACACCUAUUUUAUGAAAGUCCACAUAAGUUGUACGUUGGUAAUCUUCCUUGGAGUACAAAACCGGAUGAGUUGAGGAAUCUAUUUAAUCAUUUCGGGAUUGUGGUUAGUGCAAGGGUGUUGUCUGAUCGGAAAGGAGGAAAGAACCGUACUUAUGCAUUCCUUUCCUUUUUAUCUGAUGCAGAACGUGAUGCUGCACUUUCAAUGAAUGGAACAGAGUUCUAUGACCGCAUGCUAGUUGUUAAAAGAGGGGUUGAGAAACGACCGAGCUCUUACUGAAAUUUUGCUGCUUGCAUACAUGUUAUGAGGUCUGGACAAAUAAGAUAGUUCGAAGCAUUUGUUUCACUUGAAACAUAUUGGCAGAGGGUUUGCUUUCUUAUCCUCGUUCCUGCAAAUUCAAGUUCUAUAUCUGACACUGAAGUUUAAGUACCCUUCAAAGUUUUGUAGGCAUCAACAUUAUAUUAAAAGUACAUUGAGAAAAUUUAACUAGAUCUUAUUAAAGUUGAAAUUUUAGCUUUUGGUAGGUGAUUGCGUAUUCAUAUGCUCUCAUCUACUCUUUGGUUCUUUGAUUUGAAAAAGCAGAGUGUAUGUACCCUAUCUUGUCUCGAUAUCUUAGUUUCUGAAUUUGGUUUC